AUGAAUUCGCGUUCGCUGGGAAUUGAUUUCGGUCACCAUCUAGGUUAGGUUACCAUCGACUGCGGAUUCUCUAUUAUUUCGUGACUAUUGUCGAUAUUUGAAAAGAAAUGCACUCCGGCAAAAUGCUUAUAACUUUUCAGCGAGGAGGGCUACAGUCCUGCGGUUUCAAGAUUCUGAAGCUAGACACUCUGGGACGUAAACCUAGAAAAAAGUCAGAGCGUCUGAUCAGGUUUAGCAUGCUGCACCGUUCGAGACAAAACCCGAAAGCGUAUCAUUCCGAAGCCAGACGAUGACACCCAGUCUCAAGUAAUAACAGUCGAUAGCCGAAACAUUUCUCUUGAAGACUACGCUAAGCGCUGGUCUUCAUCUCAUUUGGUUCCGGAGAUACAAACGUUGUCAAGGACACACU